AUGGCAACUCAACACACCCCCAAACCAAGCAUUGCAAUUAUCGGCGUCGGCCAGGUCGGCGGCGCCGCAGCCUACGCUCUCAUCCUCAGUUCCAUCGCCAGUGAGCUCGUCCUAGUCGACAUCCGGUCGGAUCUGAGGGAUGCGCAGGCUCGCGAUCUCUCCGAUGCCGCAUACACCUGCAACAGCAGCACGCGUGUGCGAGCCGGCACGCACCACGAGGCGCGAGAGUGUGACAUUAUCGUCAUCACGGCCGGCUCGAAAUAUUCCAUCGGCGAAACCAGCAUGCAGCACAGGUACCGCAACAUGGCGAUCCUCCGCGGCGUGCUCGAGGCAAUGCGGCCAUUCAAGCCCGACGCCAUCCUGCUCGUCGUCGCGAAUCCAGUCGACCUACUCACGUCCCUCGCGCACGAAAUCUCCGGUCUUCCGACGUCGCAGGUCCUGGGUUCCGGGACGUUUCUCGAUUCCGUCCGGCUGCGCGGAUUGCUCGCAGAAGCCACUGGGGUGAGUGCGGUCACAAUUUCAGACGACGGACAGCUCUAA